AGCGCAGCGAAAACGGCGGUUAUUGUUCUUGGUUUCGCCGAGUGGACAGUUCAGACACUUUUUACUACAUGUAGAGAGAGCCCCAUGGCCAUUCGACAAUUUGCUUCCGACGACCUACUCAAACACAUGUCGACACAAGUAGUGACCGCCUCAGUCGCCGUCCCCACCAGCAAGGUUGGCGAGCAAACGCGAUAUCGAUUGAUGUACACGGACGAGAAAGUCAAGUCCCGGUACGACCUGGUGUUGCGAACAACCAUCUCCCUGGCGUCCCACGAAAAGCGCAGCAACAGCAACACCAUGCUCGCCCAAAAGGCCAUGAAGUACCGAAAACUCGAUCAAACCAAGCUGGCCAUGACGUGCAACGACCCCAACGUCGAUGUGUUUCAGUGCAUGGGGAUCCAGUGGUGCAAAGUCGAACGAUGUACUUGAUUGUGUGCCUUCGACGCUUAGUUAGGAAUAGUGGUUAGCUCUUGGUGGUAUUUGUACGUCCGUUGGCUUAGGAUCUCAUCAAUAAAGGUCAUGAGUUGAGUGA